GUCACUGAAUUCGCUGGAGAAGCUUAGCCAUGACGCUAGCCCCAUUUUGACGUUUUUAUGGGCACAUUUGCGGAAAGAAAUUCAAAAUGCUGCAAUAGUUCUAUGCUGUAAAAAAAAAAGGAAGAAAUUCCCAGACAUCUGCCAUUUCCUGUCCAGGUAGAUCUACACAAAGUUGGAAACCCUUUAAUUCUUUACCUGGUUUUCUACAAGCAAAACAACUGGAAAUAAUAAGAAUACAACUUCUUUUCAAGUUUUUUAUUUAUUUAUUAUUACUUUACUACUUUUUUUUGCAAAUGACCUUUAGGGUCUCCAUCACUUUGCAGUUGGACUUAAGAACCAUCUUUGCUGAUUUUAUAUCAGUGUAAUGGCUACAUGUCUAAUCACUAUUCAUGGCAUAUUUAUUCCAUUACAAUGAUGAUUCAUUUCUUUUAACUCAGUAUUUCUUAAUGCUACACGUGUAAUUUUUAGAAAAAUAAACUAUUCCUACUCAAUAACUGAGCAAGAGUAGUGCUAUGGACAUGUGUAUUUUUAGUAUUAUCAUUUAAAAAUUCUUUUGGAUUCCUCUAAAAGAGUGGAGUUCUUGGGAUUUGAAGGAAGUUGUGAAACUAACCACAAACAGUUCAAAUGAAGUCAGACCAAAUUGAAAUGGGAGGAGAAGAUGAGGAACAUAAGGCCCUGGACCUUCCUGAUGACAGAAAGCCCAACAGAGUCAUGAAAGAUAAUAAAAGUGAGGAUGAAGAGGAGGAGGGAAAAGCAGUUCAGAUUCCUCGAUAUCGCUGGGUCAUGCAUGCUGCUGUGAUGUUUGGACGAGAGUUUUGCUACGCCAUGGAAACCGCUCUGGUGACACCAGUUCUUCUACAGAUAGGUCUUCCUGAGCAAUAUUACAGUUUAACCUGGUUUCUCAGUCCCAUCCUGGGUCUUCUGUUAACCCCGCUGAUUGGCUCUGCCAGUGACCGCUGCACUCUGCGAUGGGGCCGGAGGAGACCAUUCAUUCUGGCUCUUUGUACAGGAGUGCUAAUAGGUGUGGCACUAUUUUUAAAUGGAUCAUUGAUUGGCCUUUCUAUUGGUGACAGCCCAAACACCAAGCAGCAGCCAAUUGGUAUUGUUCUUACUGUUGUUGGUGUUGUGGUGCUGGACUUUUGCGCUGAUGCCUCUGAGGGACCAAUCAGGGCUUACCUUCUUGACGUUGCUGAUACUGAUGAGCAAGACAUGGCUCUGAAUAUACAUGGCCUGUCUGCUGGACUUGGCGGAGCAGUUGGCUACAUGUUGGGAGGCCUUGACUGGACCGGCACUGCUCUGGGUAGAGCAUUUAAGUCACAGGAACAGGUCUUGUUCCUGUUUGCUGGGGUUAUCUUUAUUAUUUCUGUAACAUUGCAUAUGCUCAGUAUCCCUGAGAGGACUUUUUCUUCAGCCAACCAACUGAAAGAUGGAGAAGAUGAUGAGUCUACCAGUCAGUUGUCUGUAAAACUGCCUGGCUGCACACGACCUUGUCACAUUGCAAUUGCAGAGGAAGAUGCUUUUGGACCAGCCUCUUGCCAAGAGGAGAAAGAAAUGCAUCUCGAGGAAGCAGAAAUGGAUUUCCUAGCUGUGGACAGAGUUCGGAGUAAAAGUGAUUCAGUUCUUGCCAUGCCAGAUGCUACAAUCGAGUUAGACUCUGACCUUCACCUAGACAGGCAGAUUUUCUUGCCUGAAGUGCCUUUAAUACCAGAAGAUCUGGACAAUGCCUUUAAGCCAUCAGACACCGGUAUGAAGUUGCCAUCUCCUACUAAUGACCCCGCCUCUCACACUAAUGGGGGAGUGUUUGUAGAGCCUACAAAUACAGAUGUGCCUCAAAUAAAGGAGCCAACAAAUGGCCAGCUUUUUGUCCCUCAGGCCAGUUCUGCCUCAGAGAAUUCACACGUACGAUGGCAUGAGCUAACUGCUAAUGGCACCAGUGCUGGUUUGCCUUCCUCUCAAGCCUUGAAUACAGGUAAAGGCCACACCUCCACCAAACCAGGGACCCGCACUGGCAACACUUCAGUCUCAUCACGGCAACAUCCAGCAACCUUCUACAGACAGCCCUCCUUUACAUUUUCAUACUAUGGUCGAGUGGCAUUACAACGCUAUAGACUGAGACGCACAAGACUCACGGGCCCUCGGCCAAUCACCACCUCCCGUAGUCUGACUGAUCUGCGAGGCAUCCGGGGACCUGUGCACAGAAGAAAGAGGCAGCUGUCUGCAAGUAGCCUUUCAUCUGAAGGCUCCAGCAGUGUUGGGGAAAUGGAGAGGGGUACAACUGUGAAGCUUCUUUGGCUAUCCAUGUUCAAGAUGCCAAAGCAGCUCUGGAGACUGUGUGUAUGUCACCUCCUUACCUGGUUCUCCAUUAUAGCUGAAGCCGUGUUUUACACUGACUUCAUGGGUCAGGUCAUUUUUCGUGGGAAUCCUAAGGCACCAGGCAAUUCCACAGAGCUACAAGACUAUCACAGAGGAGUACAGAUGGGGUGCUGGGGGUUGGUGGUGUAUGCUGCAACUGCUGCUGUCUGCUCUGCUAUUCUUCAGAAGUCUUUGGAUAAAUUUGAUCUGAGUAUUAGGAUCAUCUAUGUUGUGGGAACUUUGGGAUUCUCAAUAGGAACUGCAAUUAUGGCAAUAUUCCCUAAUGUUUACAUUGCCAUGGUGAUGAUCAGUACUAUGGGAAUCAUCUCCAUGAGUAUCUCAUACUGUCCCUACGCUUUACUUGGACAGUACCAUGAAAUCAAAGAAUACAUUAACCAUAGUCCAGCCAACACUCGAAGAGGCUUUGGUAUAGACUGUGCUAUACUAACCUGCCAGGUUUACAUCAGUCAAAUUUUGGUUGCAUCAGCUCUUGGAUCUGUAGUUGAGGCUGUCGAUAGUGUACGUGUCAUUCCAGUUGUUGCCUCCGGCGGCUCCUUCCUUGGAUUCCUCACCGCUUGUUUCCUAGUAAUUUAUCCUGACACAGAGCACAGUAGUUCUGUAGAUUAUUAGGACUCUGAUGCUCUACCUGGAGAGGAGGGUCAGAAUAGUAAAAGGACCAGUGACUAGAGACUAGCUCUGCUCAACUUCACAGAUCAAACCAGAGAAGACGCUGUUGCCUAGGGGUAGAAAAGUACUGCCAUGAUGGAUUGACUCAACAACCAAAAACUGCAUCAUGUGUAAAUUAUACCAAACCUUGCUGGUGUGCAUAUGUGAUGGGCUGUACCAUGUGGAGCAGCAAAGAAACACAAAGAAGGAAAACAUAACUGAAAGAUGAUAUAUCAUCUAGUAAAAAUGUAGGAUUGGUAGAUUUGGAUUACUAAUGUAAUCUAAAUGUGAAGUGGAGGAAAUAAUAUAAAAACAAUACCUGCUUGUGCUGCUCUGUUUGUGGAGUUGUUACCUCAACCCUAAGAAAAAUAAUGUUUAGCCAGUAAGUCAGAACAACAAAGACCAAGCUGCUGGUCCAACUGUUGAAAUUUAUUUAGUACAGACUACUGGAAGCACAAAGCACUUUGAUUUUUUUAACAGUGCUGCCACUCGGAUGGUGCCAAAUAUCACCAAUAUGUCACAUUUUACUCUGCUGCUGCUUCAAAACUGCCAAAUGGACAAUCAUAAUGCUGUAGAAGGGAUACUUGGUGCAACCCUGCAUAUUUUCAGAUUAAAUACAGAUGUAUAUAUUUAUUCCACUUUUUGGUGGACUUCAUGGACAUUUCACUGCCAUUUUACAAAAGCCAAAAAAUGUCAAAAGGUACAAACCUUUUGAGUUUAUUCUAGUUGCUUAGGUGUUAUACAAUCAAACAUAGGAUUUUUCUUUACUUACACUAUAGUUAAUAAAUGUGUCCAUAAUGGUUCAUUUAAGCAACAUAUUUGAGCCUCCAGAGAGUUAUUUCCAUUUUUUAAAAUCAAAUUUGUGAUGAUUAAAAGUUUAUCUCUCAGGGUGUUUUGUAAAAUAAAAUUGUGAUUGCUGGGCUAUUUUGAACAGUUUUUUAUAGAAAAGCAAAUUUUUGAAUGUCGAUUUCAAAUCUGUAAACCAUAUUCUUGAAGAUGAGCAGAAAGGAAGUGGAGAAUUGGAGCUGAGUAGGAUUUAUUGUAGUUGUAUCUUUGUGCAUUUCCUUGAAAGCAAACUGACCUUUACCCUGUUGUGCAUGCUUAUGAGAUCAGCUGAUCACUGUAAAUUGGUCCUCUGUUAGAGAGCUACACCAGGGAAUACAUUGCUCCAAAAUAAUGAGCAAGAAAGUUAAAAAAAGAAAUGCACUAUUAUACAGAAAGCAUGUUUGGUAUUUGGCUCUUAUUAAACUAUUUUAAGUUUCCAAAGUGCAUUUAAUAGUUGUGGAGCUACAUCAGAACAUCAUUAAAUGUGUGAAUUCAGAAAGUAGAUUUUUAUAGUCUGAAGUAGUGUUUGUGUCAUUUAUACUGUAACAUCACAUGGUGCAUUAUUCCCAAGCAUCUGUGCUGAAUGAAAGUGAGGAUCACUUUGCAUGGCUCAUCUGCAAAAUUAAAAGUAUUAUGAUUGCUCAGCUCAGGAGAAACAUCAGACCUGAUUUCCUGUCUUAUGACAUUAAAGGUUUUUCUGUUAUCUUCUGUUGAUUAAUAGUAAUGAACAAUUCAAAAACACUUUUGUUCUACUUUGGUUACAUCACACCUUUGUCAAAAAUAAAAAAUCCUUAGUAGCUUAUCGAUAACGUAUAGAAACUUGGACUUAAAUUUUCUUUAAUCUGAGAAAACGGAACAAUGUUUUUAAUGCUUUUAGGGUAGUUCAAUUAUCGAUUUUUCCAAAGAUUUUUUUCAUAUUAUCUUAGAACUCCCAUAUUAGUGUGAAACUACUUGCUUUGUAUAUUGCAGUAGUUAUUUUUUGAUAUAUAUAUAUUUUUUUAUCUACAAAAUGAGCACAUUGUGUGUUCUCUAAGACUGAUUUUUGGUUCUGUAUGCUGAUGUACAGAAUUUUGUAAAUUGUCCUGUUAACUGGAGAUAAAUAGGCAACAUCUGUCAUCACAAAUGAAUCCAACAGUGGUCCAGUUAAUUCUUCAGUUUCUGUUGUUACACAAGAAACUGAGACGGGGAAAGAUAUGGGGCAAAAUAAACAUUUUACAAUUUCCAAGAAAUGUCUUUUAUGGCACAGUCAACAUUUCUAACUCCAUAAGUUAAAGCUGUACCAAAUCUUUUUUUCUUUUUUUUUUCCAUUUACAAUUGGAAAAAAUUACAAUAGCUACAUGGUGGUGUAUGGUUAAAAGUUUUCAGACUUGUGUUCUGUGCACGAAUGUCACACAUUUUUUUGUUUGUUUUUAUUUAAAAUUUUUAUAGUGCAAAUGAUUGAACUUAGUUUUAAAUUUAAGAAUUGGAUGCAAAACCUUUGAUUUGUAGUGGAUUUUCUUUCAUGUUGUGAGGUCAAAAUUAUGUAUGCAAACUCAAACAUGUGGCUAAACGUCCCUUAGCCAGUCGCAGAGAAACAGUAAUUUUUUGUAGCCAUAAAUGAGGAAUUAGUCUAAUCCUGACCAAACUUUUCACAACUCUGGUUUUUACCUGCAUAUUUUGAUAAUGUGUUGUUUAGAGAACAUCUAUAACAUCAAUCUUUUGAACCAAAAUCUUGACAAAUGCAUUGGUUAUUAUAGUCCAAAAUGUUGUCCAUGAAAGUUUCUGUUCAUCAGAAACUUUUACAAAAACUAAUUUAAAAUCAUGAAAAAUGAUUUAAAAUGAACAUUUCUUCGUGGCUUGUUUGUAUGUAAGAAAGACAUGUAGUAUAUAUACUGAAAAUGAAAUGCUUUAUGUUUGAUUUGCAAUGUGUUCACAUUUUAUUCAGUUAACAG